AACCGAAACAGCUGAAGGAGGAAGUCACCUUUGGCAGUUUAGUAACCAGCACGUUGGUUUGUCAUUCAACGGAACAGACCCAUUCCUCUGCUAAACAUGGCAAGAACUUCUGACGCAGACCUAAAGCCUCCUUCGAGCCAGAACGGACUGAAAUGUGACGAUCUGAGGAAAAACAGCUGUCACAGCAAGACAGAGAAAAAUGGCCCACAGACUGGCGUCGGCUCCAGGCAGUUCAGCCAUGACACGUUUGAACAGCCACCCAUGUAUGUGGCGGUGAUGACGUACCUGGGUUAUGGGAUUGUCACCCUGUUUGGUUACCUCAGAGACGUCCUCCGAGCUGUGGGCCUGGAGAAGUGCCAUGUUGCUCAGGAAAGAGAGGAACAGAAGGAUUUCACUCCCCUUUACCAGGACUUUGAAAAUUUUUACACUCGAAACCUAUACAUGCGAGUAAGGGACAACUGGAACCGUCCCAUAUGCAGUCUCCCAGGCCCUAUCUUCGACUUGAUGGAAAGGGUGUCUGAUGACUACAACUGGACAUUCAGGUUUACUGGGAGGACAAUACACAACGUCAUCAACAUGGGCUCAUACAACUACCUCGGCUUCGCAGAAAACAACGAAGAUUUCCUGAAAACUGUGGCAGAGAAGGUGCGGCAGUAUGGGGCUGGCGUCUGCAGCACAAGACAGGAAAUUGGUAACCUGAAGAUUCAUGAGGAGCUGGAGGAACUCGUGGCCGAUUUCAUUGGGGUCGAGUCCUCCAUGAUUUUCGGGAUGGGCUUUGCAACAAACUCAAUGAACAUCCCAGCUCUCGUGGGGAAGGGAUGUUUGAUAGUAAGCGAUGAGCUCAACCACACGUCUCUAAUCUUGGGAGCCAGACUGUCAGGAGCUACAAUCCGGGUGUUCAAACACAACAACAUGCACAGUCUGGAGAAGCUUCUAAGAGAGGCUGUUUGCUCAGGGCAGCCUCGGACCCACAGACCCUGGAAGAAGAUCCUCAUUAUGGUGGAGGGCAUCUAUAGCAUGGAGGGCUCAGUUGUGCGGUUGCCUGAAAUCAUCGCCCUGAAGAAGAAGUAUAAAGCCUAUUUGUACCUGGAUGAAGCCCACAGCAUUGGCGCGGUGGGGCCUUCGGGGAGGGGAGUCACCGAGCUGUUUAAUGUGAACCCGGCUGAUGUGGACGUGAUGAUGGGGACGUUCACGAAGAGCUUCGGGGCAGCUGGAGGCUACAUCGCAGGAAGAAAGGAGCUGGUGGAGUACCUGCGCAGCCAUUCUCACAGUGCAGUAUACGCCUCAGCCAUGUCCCCUGCAAUAACAGAGCAGGUCAUGCGUGCCAUGAAGUGCAUCAUGGGAAUAGACGGAACCACAGAAGGUAAGAAUAUGAGAGUAUUAGCACUUUCUUUACCAGUGAAUCAUAUCCACAGACCCCCAGAAGAAAGAAUCAGUUCCUUACAAAAAAAAAAAGCAUUCACAUUUCUUGGAAUUUUUCACAUUUAUGUUGAGACUAUAAACUUUAAUGUGUUUCGCUGAGGCUUUGUGUCCAAGACCAACACAGAGUAGCACAUACUAAAUUGGAAGGAAAUGGUUUUAAAGUGUGAUUUUUUUUAAUUUUUUUUUAUUUAUUUUUUUUUUACGUCAUUCUUCUUUGAAAACAGCUCAAGCUCAGACAGAUUGGAUGGAGAACAUCUCCGAACAUCAGUUGUCAGGUCUACAUAAAGAUUUGCAAUAGGAUUUAGGUUCGGACUUUGACUAUAAGAAAUAGGAUUUUAGGCUUAUAGGCCUUUCUAACAUGUUAAAAUAUGUCACUCUAAACCAUUCUGUUGUACAUCUGGCUGUACAUUUGGGGAUAUUGUCCUGCUUGGAGGUGAAUCUACACCCAGUCUCAACUGUUUUACAGCCUCUAGCAGGUUUUCUUCCGGGAUCACUCUGGGUUUAGCUCCCUCCACAUUCCCUUUAUCUCUGGUCAGCCUUCCUGUCUCUUCUGACAAACAGCACAGGUGCUGCUGCCAUCACCGUGCUUUACCACGAGAAUUAGGUGUGUUUAGGGUUCUGUGGUGUCAGACUUCUACAUCCUAGCUCCUUCCCUUUCAUAUGAAAACUACAAUACUUGUUUGGCUUCCCUUCAAAUGUAACUUUGUUAUUGUCACAUUGCCAUGAGGACAAAACAUAUAGUAUGCACAACUAAUAGUUGCCCUGUCAGCAGGUUAUCACACUUGAACAAGUUUUCGGUUGUGCUUUGCUGUUUCUUUUUCAAAUGGCUUUAAACCAUGCUCCUUGAGGUGCUCAAAGCUCGGGGAUAUUGUUUUGUAAUCUAGCCAUGUUUUAAAUAUCUCCUCAGCUUUCUGUCUGCUGUGUUCCCUGUUCUUAAUGAUGCUGUUUAUUAUCUAAUGUUCUCAAACAAACCCCUAAGACCUUCACAGAGCAGCUGGAUUUAAGAAUAGUGACCGCACAUGCAUGACAAACUUUAUAGGUUUUCGUCUAAAAACAUUUUAAAGCCAUACUUUUCCUUCCAUUUGUCAAUUUUACGUUAUUUUUGAGUCGGUCUGUGGUUGACAAUCCUAAUAAAAAACAUGGAAGUUUCUUGGCUGUAACGUGGAGAAUGAGUCAUGUUUUUUUUUUUUUUGUUUUUUGUUUUUUGUAAGGAACUGUAAAUGCAAACCUUUCAUCAAUAUUGGUUGAUAUUUAUUCAGCAAAUCUUGGAGGGAAAGAAGAGUCUAGAUGCAUACGAUUGUGUAAUUUAGUUGUGAAUUUGCAUAUUACCGAAAGAAAAGUAUAUUAGUAAAAGUUUAGCUUUUUGGGGGCCCUCGCAGCUGUCCACAUGGAUCUCACUUCUUCUUUUUCUCAUUUGCAAUUAUGCGUUUUUCUGUGCAGAAAAACAGCAAGCCAGAUCUGGAGGUCACUAUCAGCGUUAGCAUUAGGAGUUGGACCUGCAGGAAAACACUAACAGCUGCUUUGUCAGAAAAUGUGGAAGCAAUUACACGGGUCUGCCGUGGCAGGGAAUGAGGGAUCAUGCAGUCUAUGAGCAUUUUCAUUUAAGUGUUGUGAUGAAUUCUGAAACGUUGCUGCCUCAAUUGAAAUAGACACAAGAACAGGGAAGAGACUAGCUAAAGUAAGUACCUUCUGUGUAGAUGUUCUCCUGAAGAGGCAUUAAAAGGAAGAAACACUGACAGUAAUGGUAAAUGAGUGACAUUUAAAGGGCCUUAAACAUGUGCCUUGUAGGGGAAAUAGGUAGUCGUGACGUAAACUGUGUGGGACAUCAAAACAAAGAAGAUAGAGUGCUGUAAUGGGCUAAUCGCUUUAGCAACCACAGCCGAGUAAGCUGUGGUUGAGGUAUACUGUGGGUUCAUACAAAGAUGAGCAACUUUUAUCUGGCUCUGAAUCAGACAUGCCUUGCCUCUGACGUAGCUGUUGUGGAGAAAUCAGUCUUGACCUGUCUUAUUGAGGGGAGGGAGCGCAGCGCUGCAGCUCCAGCGUCCAACACAGCCCCGAAUCUAGACCAGUUUAGCAGGGGGACAUUGGCUUAUUUGGGGGGGGGGGGGGGGGGGGGGGGGGGGUGAAGGCAAAAUGAAUCUACGUAUCAAUAAUAAUAUUACUCAAGUAAAAGAAAAAGGUACAGUGCAGUAAGCAGUACUACACACUUUUGAACAUGGAUAACAUCAGGAUACUUGUUAACCAGCUUAACAUGCUGUAUUGGUAUUAGAUAGUCAUCUUUUAGCUAACAUUACCUGCAUCCAACACCAUUAUUCAACUCAGUUGGUUAGUUUGGGGG